AUGAAGAUCGAAACUCGAUUACAUUUGAUAAUGUUGAUUUGGUUAUGCAUUUUAUUUGCCUCUGAUACAUGCGGACAAAUGUCAUUUAAACAAAAAGAUGAAAAUGAAAUUUUUGACGUAGGUUUUGGAAAGUUUAUUGCCAGAGCUGACCUUUCGAGUUUUUUAAACAAUGAUCCAGGAAGUAUGUCGAAAUUUGGAAUGAUCAAAAAUGAACCGGAUGGUGGGACGUCUGAUAAUUUGAAGAAAUCACAUGGUAUCAAUAAUAAAAACGGAUUUGAUAAACAAUCAUCCGAAAACGAUAUGAUGUUUGUACCGUCAAGUGAAAGAAUUCCUGAAAAACUCGCAUUACCAGUUUUGGAUGAAUCAUUAAUGAUCGCCGCUGGAAAAACCACUGAAGAAAUGGUGAAAGAAUUUAGAAAAUACGAAAAAAUGAAAAGUGCUAGCACUGAAAUUAGUCAAGCGGAUGGCGAAAUUCAAGAAUCAGCAUCGCAAAUGAGCGCAUUUCUUCACAGUGUGGCAGAUGGAGAUGCUAUUGAAAAGCUGGUUCGGGAUUCAAAUUUUAUUCAUGCUAACGGAAAUUCAAAUUUAUUUGAGCCACACGUCCAGAAUUCGUUAAAUUUCCUCACACUCAAUGCAUCUGUUUUUAACCUGAAAAUGGUAACAGUGACAGAUGCUCCUACCCUGGAUGCUUUGGAUUAUACUAUAGGAAAUCCGCCGGACGCUUCCAUUAUCUGGAGCAAUCCACAAGUUUUUGUUAAACCUAUCCAUAUUGCAAAGUUCCAUUCAGGCCAUGAAAUUUUAUCUGUAAAAGCGCAUGACACAUUUAAUGGUUCAAUUGAAUUCAUAUGUAUGCUACCGGAAGUUGUGUUUUGUGUUACCGAUUUACUCAGCAAUGAUAGUUAUCGGUUACGGAUUGUUUAUACCAGCACUGCGAACAUUACGAAUUUCAGUUUGCCUCUUACCAUCAGAACACGGACCCACGAAGGAAAUUCAUAUAAGAGUUGGAACGCUUCCAUACAUUUCGUUUCGGAUGAUUUGAAUUCGGAUGAUAAAAUUCAGUUCGAAAUCCCAAGUGUAACGACUCAGCAAACUGCUGAACAUCAGGCGGAAGCAAUAAUUGGUAAUGAAUUCCAUGUACAACCAAAUGUUAUUGCUUCAGAGGAGCAACCAGUUUCAAUCUGGAACGGAUCCACUAUUCAGCUUGAAAAGCCAACAAGAAAGCCGGAAGCGCCUGUUUUUAUUUUUAUACCACAUUUCGAGCAUAACAGCUAUGAAAUAUAUGUACCGGAAGGAAAAAACAAGGAUUCGAUGAUUGUCGCUAUAGUUUACUUUCUAACCCAUCAUGAUGAUAUCGAACCAAAAUUUUCAAUUCUAUCUGAGCCACUGCAAUGGUUUUAUCUGGGUGAAAUGGAAAAAGAAACGGCUAACCAAGGCAGUUUUGAAACUACCACAGAUAUCAAUGUUGAAGUCCUGACAUUUGCUACUAAAGGAACGUCUUAUUCUUUGACAGUAACAACAAUUUCUAGUGUGACUGAAACAUUAAUGAUGGAUGAACUUACCACACUGAAAUUUCCUAUUGAUUCAGAUCAUGCUAUUACAGAGUCUUUUGAGGAUGGACCCGGAAUCGUUACUGUGACUAUACCAAGUCUGGAACAAGUAGAUAUAGACACAUCUGCUACUCAUGAAAAUUGGAAUAUAAAAGAAACGCAAGCUGGACUUGCAAUGAGUACUCUGGAAACUAUAGGCGAAACUUUUAUCGAAAAGCUGGCUAAUGUUCAGGAACUAGGAACUACAGAAUCUGUUGUAACAACUCAUGAUGGACCUGAAUUUUCCCGUGCUACUGUAUCACAAAGUGGGCAAUCUGCUGAAGAAUUAUUAUCAUUUGCAGAAGAAUCUCUUGCACAUGAAAAUUUUACAGAAACCUUCCAACCGACCGUUUAUGAUACUGAAGCAGUAACUAAUACUACUGAAUCUAUAACAGAAAAAGGAUCAGGAAAAUCUUUCUUUUUACGAGUCAAAGAAAUAGCAAAAUAUCAAUCAGAAUCAAUGACCAAAGCAAGUCCUUCCUUAGUUAAUAUUCCUUUAUUUAGGGAGUCAUUCGGACAAUUUUCCAGAAAAACCUCAGAAAACUGGACAAAUUUUCCACUUAAAGAAAUUCUGAAUAAAAAGCAAACUAUGGAUGAGUUUGAAUCAUUACAGGAACACGAAAUUAUUCCAGCAACGCCUCCAGAAAGUUUUCGGAAUGAUGGUUUUACCCGUACUAAUAUUGAUAAUUUGGAUGCCAUCUAUUACAAUUCAGUUUCAUCUGAACGAGGAACAUUUAUGACUACCGAAAUUCAUCGAAAUACAAUAACGGCAGGAAUGGGUCACAGCUUUAAAGAUAAUGAAUUCAAUGAAAAUGAUGAUAAUUUCUCCUCACACGGCCAAGGAGAACUACCGAUAGACCAUAAACCAACAACUACCGUCGUUUCAUCAGUACAAAAUGGCAACAGCUUAUUCUCAAGUAUUCCAGUAGAAGAUGGAAAAAGCUUACAAAACAAAUUUGGUGUAUCCCUCAUCCCAGUGACAACAAUACCCGCACGGAGGACUGACGGUAACAUUAAUAACUUAUACUGGAGCUCUCAAGAUGACAAAUAUUUUGAAGAAAACUUCAAAAAUUUUGCACCAAACGUUAAAACAAGCGAGAGUAUACAACUCAACUAUGCCACUACUACAGAAUCAGCAGACUUCACGAUAGAUGAACGGAUUACUAAUAUGGGUGUUGAUAAUGACGACAUCAAGUACACCGAUAGUUAUUUGAGCACCAGUACUGGAAAUAAUCGUUAUACUUCUACACAUACUAGUAGUGUUACUUGGAAAAAUCACAUUGAUCAUAUUAGUACCAUUAAUAAUAAUGAUACGACUGUCACUCCAAGUGAUGCAACAGAAAUAAUUGGCACAGAUCGAAGUACUGAUGCUGCUCUUCUUCAGUCAACAAUCAGCUUAACAGACAAUAUACAUGUCAAUUCAGAUUAUAGAAUGAAUGAAAGUUGGAAUGAAAGUAGCGAUGAGAAAUUUGAAAUCGACAAGUUGCAACAGACAGCGAGUGAUAAAACUACAAUUGCGCUUGUGUUACAUCCAGAAACAGGAAGUGAAGUUAAAGGAGAACGACCUAAAGAAGAUGACAGUGCAGAGAAUGAUUUUAGAACCAAUAAGGUGCAAUCCCAAGAAACAACGAUAGAUGUGAAGUUCAAAACCAUCGAAGGAGGAAAAUACGUUUUACCUAACGAAUUUAGAGAUUCCGACAUUUUACCUGAUUUCGAUAUUAUCAUUACCGCUAAUAACAUGGAUCAUAAUGAUGUAAUUAUGGUAUCAGUAAAUUCCUCUGCACUGGAAGUCAUUCCGCGUCGUAUGCAGCCUGGAAAAACGGUUUUCCUUGCUGUUCGUGAUGCUGAAAAACUGGAUCGCGAUCUUUUAGAUGGCUCCGUUGUUGUCAAGGUUACUGCAUCUCAACGAACACGUCCGUCAAUAACGUCAUCAAAAAUGAUUAACAUCAUAAGAGAUGAAAGUUUGAACAAUGAAGCACCAGCAUUUUUGUUUCCUGAAUAUGAUUUCCACGUAAAUGAAGGCAGCAUAACAGGACAAAAAGUUGGUCAGAUGGAAGCUGAAUUCACGAAUCAUCGUGGGCAUGGAAUUAUCACUUAUCAGCUGAUUGGUCCUGGAAGUGAAUUAUUUGCGAUAAAUGGAGGUACGGUAAGCGUCUCAUGUCCAACUGUCCUGCCAUGCUUAGACCGGGAACAAACUUCUGCAUAUCAUCUUCUUGCUAUUGUUACUGAUCCCAAUGGUUUAAAAUCGGUUCCUGCAAUCGUAAAAAUUUUUAUCGAUGACCGCAAUGACAAUGGUCCAAUUCUGGAAACAUUACAAAAUGAAAUUACGGUAUCAAAUGGCCGUCUCACAAAGCCCUUUGUUGUAAAGAUAAAAGAUGACGAUGCAGCACCACAUAAUAUCAAUGAAAUAACCAUAGACGGCACAGCAUCAGCAUUUAUUUCGCUGGAAAAAGCCCGUGAUAAUAUCUAUUAUGGACGGCUUUGGUCUUUACCAGCAGCGGGGAUUUAUCAACUGAUUAUCACUGCUCGUGAUCCUGAUGGAAACAUUCCAGAGCAAAAAAUCACUGUUAAUACACAAGUGUUGAAUACUGUGACGAAAGCUCAUUUCAAACGAGCCAAAUAUGAAAGGACUAUUAAUACCGAAAAACUAUUUAAAGGUAAUUCUAUCCUGCAACCGGAACUGGAAAAUGCUCCAUCCGAUGCAUUGCGAUUUAUUCUGCUAAGAAAUGAUCCCGGUUGGCUUUCUGUGAAUAAAUAUACAGGAAAUGUCAUUGUUGGCGAUGUCCCGCGAACCGGUAUCGUAAGUGGAAAAUAUAGCACAUCCAUCGCAGCAGUGAAUCGAACUGAUGGCAGGCUCAUCACAGAAUCUGUUCUUGUUCUUACGGUAAUUAACGAUAAUCACGUGAAGAAAUUGUUUACCAAAAAGCUUACUGUCAAGUCCUUACGUAAAGUUGCUAAAAUUUUGUAUACAUCAGAUUCAACAGUAAGUCGUCAAAAAGUAGAAAUACUUCCGGAACAUAACAAAGCAUCAAUAACGAUCAUGCGAGAUAGUGUCAGUGCAGUUGAUGAGCAACUUCAUUGCAUUCACCUUGAUAAGAGUGCAAUAUCAAAUAGUCACGGUAUAAUAAUAAUGCAUAUGAAGCGAUUACAACAGAUACGGAUGUUACAGUUCAACUUAUCCUCAAAAGAAGAUGCUAAUGAUUCCACAAAAGUGAUGCUGUUUCUCAGUUCGGAGCCAGUGGAGAUAGAACACGAACGUAAACGACAAGCACAACCAAGAUUCGGUCAUCCAUGGAGAAGUGAUAUGAAUAUCAUUCCAAUCAAAUUAGUUGAAAAUUCGCCAGAAGGCUACACAAUUAUUUCGUUGCCAGCUUAUAACCCGUUGAAUGGAAGCAAAAUUAUGGACCUAAGGCUUUCAGGGGAAAUGGCACAACACUUUACUGUGGAUGGAAGAAGUGGAGAUGUACAGGUUUUAACACCUUUCGAUUUUGAAGCGAUGGAACCAGAAUCACAUAUAUUUGAUAUAUUACUGAUCGCAGGUAAAGAACCAUAUGAUACAGUGGCAGUGCUACGAGUUGAAAUUAUAGACGUUGAUGACAAUCCGCCAAAAAUAGCCAAGUUUGGUGACUAUAACUUUGAUGAUCUGACGAUUGCGGAAAAUUCACGCCCUGGAACGGUGCUUUUUGAAGUCCAAAUAUCGGAUCCUGAUCAUUUGUAUGGUAAAACAGGUAUCUUCAACUAUGCAUUAACUGGUGAUGGUGCAGCUAAUUUCCAGGUUAAAAAGAUAAGCGAUACGGUAGCAGUUGUCGUUUCUCCUGCUGCUGAUUUGGAUCGAGAAAAAGUUGAAGAAAUGGUUGUUUUACUGAAAGUUACUGAUUCCGGUGGAAACAGCGAUAGUGUUGUGGGAAGAAUUACAAUAAUAGAUGCAAACGACAAUGUGCCCAUUUUCAUUCAUAACGAAUACAAAGUUGAAGCGGUGGAAAAUUGGCCUGAAGCAACGGUACUAACUUAUGUGCAUGCUGAAGAUAAAGACAAAGGCCUAAAUGCAGAUCUACGUUACUCGUUAUCACCAAAAAAUAAUCAAUACUUUGAAAUCGAUCCGGUAAAUGGAGUAAUACGUACGAAACAAGCACUGAUUGGUCUAGCUCGAGCACAUCCGUACGAAUUCUCAGUUGUAGCAAAUGAUCAAGGUAUACCACCGCUAUCAGCCAGUACAACUGUUAGUAUCCAUGUACUCGAAUCUUCGUCAUUAAGUCAUGCUGGUGACGACACGGGUAUACAUAUUGUAUCACCCUCUGUUCAUUUCACUUUACAACUUGAUGAGAAUAUUCCAGCCAAUAAUCACAUUUAUUCAGUCCGAGCUAAACUUGGCGGUUUUAAUGAGCAAUUUGGCCGGGAAAUUAAGUAUUCAAUAACGCCAGUGGAUAAUGCAACGGAUGGCGGAUGGUUUACAAUCGAUACAAAUAGCGGGGAUCUGUUCACCCUACAAGAAUUAGACCACGAACUUCAGCCUGCAAUAACU